AAAUAAGCUUUUACAAUGAAACGUACGAUAACCAACGACCUUAUAUCCUCUGAAAUAGACUGCCAUCUUACGGCUUCAAGCUCCAUGACCAGCCUCCUCGAAAGCUGCCAAAUUUCACCGGCGCCCGGCGGGGCGGCCGAGCUUUCCUUGCCGAUGACUUUCAUCGACAUCUUUUGGUUGCAUUUUCAUCCUAUUCGCCGCCUUCUCUUCUACGAGUUCCCUUGUUCUAAGUCUUAUUUCUUGGAGACCCUCGUUCCAAAACUCAAAGAAUCGCUUUCCCAAACACUCAAACACUACCUUCCCCUUGCAGGCAAUUUAGUCUACCCUUCAAACACCGAGAGGAAACCCAUAAUCCGUUAUGUGGCGGGUGAGUCUGUUUCUGUAUCGAUCGCCGAGUCUGCUAAUGAUUUUGACAAUCUUGUAGGAAAUCAUGCUCGAGAUGCUGAUCAAUUCUACGAUUUCAUGCCUCAGCUGCAGCUGAUAACUGAUGAAUCUGGUGACAAACUGUUACGAUUGCUAGCCGUCCAGGUAACACUGUUUCCUGACCGUGGCAUAUGUAUUGGCCUCACCAACCAUCACUCCGCUGGCGAUGCCAAUUCGAUUGUGGGGUUUAUAAGGUCUUGGGCUACAAUAAGUAAACAUGGAGGUGAUGAGGAGCUCUUGAUCACACAAGGUGAAUCUUUGCCGCUCUUUGAUAGAUCCCUGAUGAAAGUCCCCCCUGGAUUGGACACUAUUUUCUGGAACCAUGCCAAAGAAAUUCCUUUGCAGCCCCCAUCUUUCCCCUUACCGACCAAUAGGGUCCGCGCUACAUAUGUUCUAAACCAAUCUGCAAUCAAGAAACUGAAGGAUGCCGUUCUGUCAAGAAAUCGAGGUUCAGUUCACACAUCAUCUUUUGUGGUCAUGGCUGCUCAUAUCUGGACGUGUUUGGUAAGAUCACUUACAGCUGGUGAGGAAGAGAGAGCUGCUGCUGCUGCUGCUCCUGCUGAUGAGCUUGAAACCUUCCUGUUUGCAGUGGAUACCCGGGCACGUUCGAAUCCACCUUUACCUGGAAAUUACUUUGGAAACUGCUUAUCAUAUGGGCUGGUAAGAAUUCGGCAUCAGGAUAUGGUAGGGAAUGAAGGGUUCUUUCUGGCGGCUGAGGCUAUAGCAGAUGUGAUUAAAAACAGGGUAAACGAUGUGGAGAAAACCUAUGCAGAUGCUGAGAAUUGGUUUACGGAAGUCGGUUCAGUAGUACAGAGCCGCAUUUUAGCAGUGUCUGGAUCCGCCAGAGUUGAUCUUUACAGCACGGAUUUUGGAUGGGGCAAGGUGAGAAAGCUGGAAACACUGUCGAUCGAUGGAGAGAAUUAUUCAAUGUCGUUGUGUAAGGCGGGAGCCUCCGAGGGAGGAUUAGAGGUUGGUUUGUCUUUGCCAAAGGUGAUUAUGGCUGCUUUUGCUGCUGCUUUUGCUGAUGGAAUAAAGGGUUCAUAAGUCAUCUGUUGCUGCUGCUGCUUUAACUGGAUUCCUACAAUUAUGCAACAGCAUAAUGAUUGCACCAUAGUUUAAGAGGUUGAGUUCCUUCUUUUUCCAUGUAAUGAUGGGGGUAGAACAUUGCUUUCUCUAUUGUGAUUGUUUAUGCAGCUUGGAAGAUAUUGUUACUGGUUGCUGGAAACAUGUUUUUGUUUCAUUCAAGAUAAUAAACCCUCUUUUGUCUUAGUGUUUAAUUA